AGACUUAACUUGCUUUGAAGCAAGCAAGGAAAAAAAAAAAAAGAACCAGCUAUAUUCUAAAUAAUAGUUAUGGCUAGUUUUAGCAAGGGUGGAAGUUUUAACACCUAUAGUGACUACCCUGAUCAUGUUUGUCGCCCUGUGAUCGUUGAACAUAGUGUCGGGGGCUACAUGGUGAGAGCUCAAAGAGUUGUUGAAGUUCGUCGUAGUUAUGAUAUACCCUUGAAUGGUCUUGUAGAUGAGUACAAUAUGCAUGAAGAAUGGGACGAUGAUAGUCCUAGGAAGGUCAAUGACUUCUUCCAUAAAGUUCAUGAUGAAGCUAGUCGACCAACUCAUUCCACUCUUUUGAGCCCUCCAAAGUUGAUCACUAAGAGGCCUAGUUGGAGAAGUGAAGAUCAUGACUCUCCCAAGUAUAGAGAGCAUCGCGAUUUUAGUGGCAGCCCUCUUCGUAAUAAAUUUGAAGGGUUUCACCUUCAAGAUAAUCGAGGAUCAAGUCCGUUUAAGUACAAGAAUGAUGGUUAUGCCCACUCCAUGGAUUCUCCCAAGGCUGGCCAUGUCAAGGACUAUGGGGUCAACAACACAUGGGAUUCACCACCAAGAUCAAGGUUAACUCAUGAGGAUUGGGAUAGCAGGAGAGAUCAUGAUGAUUAUGGCAAGCCAAAAUUCAAUGGAGGUUACAAGACAACUAGUCCUCCACUUAGCCAGGCCACAAAUGAUAUAGGCACUGCCAUGAAGAUCCUUGGGGUAGGUAAUAAACCUUUGACUUCUCCUACUUAUGCACCAAAAUCACAUUUUCCAGCAUCUUACUCAACUCCACAUAUAAAAGAAAGUUACCCUGAACCAACAAAAGGAAUGAUGCCUCCUCUGCUUUACCCUGUGCCUCAGAGGAAAGAAAGCUAUCCUGAGGCACCACAUGGCACAAAGCCUCUAUUUUCUCCUAUUCAUACACAGCAACCAUAUUCACCAACUUCAAUCCCGAUACCUCAAAGGAAAGAAAACUACCCUGAAACAAAUCCUGGACCAAAGCCUUUAUUUUCCCCUGGUUAUACACAACAAUCACAUUCACCAACUUCAAACCCGACACCUCAGAGGCCUGAGGCAGCACAUGGCACAAAGCCGCUGUUUUCCUCUGUUCAUACACAACAACCAUACUCACCAACUUCAAACUCGAUACCUCAAAGGAAAGAAAACUACCCUGAAACAACUCAUGGACCAAGGCCUCUGUUUUCCCCUGGUUAUACACAACAAUCACAUUCACCAACUUCAAACCCGAUACCUCAAAGGAAAGAGAACUACCCUGAAACAACUCAUGGACCAAGGCCUCUGUUUACCCCUAUUCAUACACAGAAACCAUAUUCACCAACUUCAAACCCGAUACCUCAAAGGAAAGAAAGCUACUCUGAAACAGCACACGGCACAAAGCCUCUGUUUACCCCUGUUCAUACACAGCAACCAUAUUCACCAACUUCAAACCCGAUACCUCAAAGGAAAGAAAGCUACCCUGAAACAGCACACGGUGCAAAGCCUUUGUUUUCCUCUGGUUAUACACCACAAUCACAUCCACCAACUUCAAACCCAACACCUCAAAGGAAAGAAAGCUACCCAGAAACAACACACGAUACAAACCCUAUGUUUUCCCCUGUUUCUACACAACAAUCAACUGCAAAUCCGACCUCUCAAAACAACGAAAGUCAGCCAAAGAAGAAAAAAGGUUGGACAUCUCUGUUUUCCUCUAAUGCUAAGCAACAACCACACCCUCCAACAUCACACUCAACACCUGAUAUGAAACAAAGCUACCCUGAUCAUGAAACUCAAGGUUUCCACCCUUCAUUUUCCCCUUCUUCUCCACAAAAGGAACGCUACAGUCCACAAAUGAAAGACCAUUACCCCGACCAAAUCCAGCGCAAUGAGUCCUUUCCAUCUCCAUAUGAAAAUACACAGGAACCGCGCUAUGGUGCAAUCGCCCCACCAGAAGAAACCCUUGAUAGCAGUGAGGCCAGGAGAAAGUAUGCUAACUUAAAACCAGUGUCACAAGCUCAGAUGAAGUACUCAGGAACAAUUGAUAGCAAGGAAGCUGUGAAGAAGUACAAUGGAGCAUUUGUUCCAUAGAGAGAAGUGCCAAGAUGUUCAGAAAUUUCACAUUUAGCUUGCCUUAUGAAGGAUGGUUUCUGCUGCAAUGAUAAUCAAACAUAUCAUAUCUAUCUUUUCUUUCUUCUUUGUGAGUGUGGUGUUGUUUUCUUGAGUGUUUUGUGUUUGAAUAAAAGCACUGAAAUAUGUUGUUUCUAAUGUAAUAAUACAGUUUGCUUAUGUACUUGUGAUUGCAUAUGAAUGAGAAAAGAGUUAUGUUUAUCAUGUCAA